AUGCUUGCCCUCUCCCCCAUGAAUCUGAACCUGGAAGGACCUCACAUGCGCCAUCGCACCGACGGAGAGUCUUCCUCCGCCGCACCAGCAACAGUCCAGAUGGCCACCACCACGGUCACUCCCUCAGUGAAGCAUAACACCAGCAUCACCAAACGCCCCAGACUGUCUCUCCAGACGUCCUCGCUGCCUGUCUCAUGCGGUCAGGAAACGGCCUCUCCGACCGUCCUCAACACCUUUAACAACGCCUAUAUCACCCGACCACUGUCCGCGGGGGAAAACCCGUCGCCGACGAAGCCAUCGAACAAGUGUUCUCGAUAUGGCUCUCCAUAUCCUUUCAGUUUUCGAUCCGAUAACUCUGUGCCUUACCAGUUACCGCUGGGCGUGCGAAGCAUCCUCCGCAAUUCGCCUCUGGCCAAGUCACUGCGACGGCCUUCUAUGUCGAUGACAGCCAGCGGUGUUCCUGAGAGUCGACAUGUAUAUUUCCCGGCCAAGAAGCAAGUGAGCUACCGGUUUCCGCUGGAAGAGGAAAUCCGGACGGUACGGUUUGUCGCACGGCAUUCGGAUCUGUCUUCCGAUUCAGAGUCGGAGUCGGGGGAGGAAUCUGAGUCCGACGAUGGAUCUGAUUCAUCUAUUCCUGCGUCGGAGGACCAGAGCUCCUCUGGCGAAGAUGAGGAGGAAGACAAACCAGAGAUGGGAGAAAGAUCGCCUCAAUCGCAGUCCCGGAGGAAGAGAAGGAAAUCCGUCCCGAGCGAGAGACAGAUCCGCGCCGCGGCAUUGCGAGACGGUCUGGAUGGGGAGAGCUAUACAUCCUGGUCCACACCGACUACUCCUCGUCAGAGCCGUCGGAAACGGCGCUGCAAAUGGCGAUGGACGUUGGGUGAUCUUGCUUUAGAAUCAGAUUCGACGACCGGCGAAAAGAGUUCCACGCAGAGCGAACCUGCUGAUGAUCGCCACGACCCAUGA